GACUCCCUGGAAGAAGAGCUCUUGUAUCUCAUUGGGACCUUCCUGGCAAAAUAAAGGAUACAUAAAUAACGGGCGAUCGGCUUUAGGACCCAGCUACGCGGCAGCCAGCAGACACCGGUUGAUGAGAUGGUCCACUCGGCGUUACACAUCUAAUUACCCGACAAAGAGCGGUUGUUUGCCCCGGACAGUCGGAGCUAAACUUACCGGGCGGUGGAGGCGGAAUACCAUAGCAAGAGAAGCGAGAGCAUUUUUCGCCGUCCUUGUCCGUCCGCGUCAACCCGCACCGUGGCAAGAAGACCCGUCGCUUGUCUCUCCGGCGACAAUCAUGAGCCAGAGGUUCACCGUCUCCAAGAGCGACGGCGACCGGCGCCCCUCCGACAUCCAGGGGGAGGUGAACCAGCUGUUUGAGGGAGACGAACCCCCGACCAGCAGCGAAGUGGACGGGGAGGACGCUGCAGGCACCGAGGUGGUGGUGGUGCUGAAAGGCGACAGUAACCCCAAGGAGAGCAGCCCCUUCAUCAACAGCAGUGACGCCGCCGCAGAGAAGAGCCAGCAGUAUGACGGCAAGCACAUGGCCUUGUUUGAGGAGGAGAUGGACACCAGCCCCAUGGUGUCAUCUCUUCUCAGCAGCCUGGCCAACUACUCCAACCUGCCCCAAGGUAGCAAGGAGCACGAGGAGGCCGAGAACAAUGAGGCUGAGUCAUCGCGCAAGAAACCCGUCAAGGCCCCCCAGCUCGGCACUCUGAUGGGCGUCUAUCUGCCGUGCAUCCAGAACAUCUUCGGAGUGAUCCUCUUCCUCAGGAUGACCUGGUUGGUGGGAAUCGGAGGUGUCAUUGGGACUUUCAUCAUUGUCUUCAUGUGCUGUGCCACAACUAUGCUGACUGCCAUCUCGAUGAGUGCCAUCGCUACCAAUGGAGUAGUGCCAGCUGGAGGCUCCUACUACAUGAUAUCCCGCUCGCUGGGCCCUGAGUUUGGGGGAGCAGUGGGGAUCUGUUUCUACCUGGGGACCACCUUCGCUGGAGCCAUGUACAUCCUCGGGGCCAUCGAGCUCCUCCUGAUCUACAUAGUUCCCAAAGCGGCCAUCUUUCCCCUGGAGGGGCUGGAAGGUGCCGAAGCGGAGGCUGCCCUGCUUAACAACAUGCGCGUGUACGGGACCAUCCUGUUGACCUCCAUGGCCACGGUGGUGUUUGUCGGCGUGAAGUACGUCAACAAGUUGGCCCUGGUGUUUCUGGCUUGCGUCAUUCUCUCCAUCCUGGCUGUCUACGCCGGGGUCAUCAAGACUGCCGUCGAUCCUCCCGACUUCCCUGUGUGUAUCUUGGGGAACCGCACUCUGGUGUGGAAGACCUUUGACGUGUGUGCCAAGACCAUUGAGACCGCUAAUGGGACGGUCACCACCCAGCUGUGGCGCAUGUUCUGUGAUUCACCUUUCCUUAAUGCUACCUGCGACAAGUUCUUCACUGCCAACAAUGUGACUCGGGUCCAGGGCAUCCCGGGGGUCACCAGUGGAAUCCUGGCAGAGAACCUGUUUGGGAACUACUACGAGAAGGGGGACCUGAUUGCCAGGAAGGAAAUGUACUCAGUGGAAGACCAGGACGAUCCUCUUACCAACGCUAACCGAUAUGUGCUGGCCGACAUCACCAGCUUCUUCACGCUGCUGGUUGGAAUCUACUUCCCCUCUGUGACAGGGAUCAUGGCUGGCUCCAACCGCUCCGGAGACCUGCGUGAUGCCCAGAAGUCUAUCCCAAUUGGAACCAUUGCGGCCAUCACCACCACCUCCACCGUCUACAUGUCCAGCGUGAUUCUGUUUGGUGCCUGCAUCGAGGGUGUGGUCCUCAGAGAUAAGUUCGGGGAGGGGGUGCACGGGAACCUGGUGAUCGGCACACUAGCUUGGCCGUCACCGUGGGUAAUCGUGAUUGGCUCCUUCUUCUCAACCUGCGGGGCAGGGCUGCAGAGUCUGACAGGAGCUCCUCGUCUCCUGCAGGCCAUUGCCAAAGACAGCAUCGUGCCCGCCCUUCGGAUCUUUGGCCACGGGAAGGCCAACGGAGAACCCACAUGGUCCCUCCUGCUGACAGCCUGUAUCUGCGAGAGCGGCAUCCUCAUUGCCUCCCUGGAUUCAGUGGCUCCCAUCCUCUCCAUGUUUUUCCUGAUGUGCUACAUGUUUGUGAACCUGGCCUGUGCCCUGCAGACACUGCUGAGGACUCCAAACUGGAGACCUCGCUUCAAGUUCUACCACUGGGCUCUAUCCUUCCUGGGGAUGAGCUUGUGUCUCACUCUCAUGUUCCUCUGCUCCUGGUACUACGCCAUCGUCGCCAUGGUAAUUGCCGGCUCUAUCUACAAGUAUAUCGAGUUCGCAGGUGCGGAGAAAGAGUGGGGUGAUGGGAUACGAGGUCUGUCUCUGAGCGCCGCGCGUUACGCUCUCAUGCGGCUGGAGGAAGGCCCCCCACACACCAAGAACUGGAGGCCUCAGUUGCUGGUACUGGUUAGUACAGACGCCGAGCAAAACGUGGAGCAGCCCCGUCUGCUUUCUCUGACCAACCAACUGAAGGCAGGAAAAGGUCUUACCAUUGUUGGGACAGCUCUAGAGGGCACCUACCUGGAGAACCAUGACCAGGCCCAUCGUGCGGAGCAGGCACUGCAUAAACUGAUGGAAACUGAGAAGGUGAAGGGCUUCUGUCAAGUGACCGUGUCCUCGAACCUGCGAGACGCUACAUCCCACCUACUACAGGCCAGCGGCCUGGGGGGCCUGAAACAUAACGCCGUGCUGGUCUCCUGGCCACGCAACUGGAAGCAGGGAGACGAGCACCAGACCUGGAGGAACUUCAUUGAGUUGGUCAGAGAAACCACGGCUGCUCACCUGGCUCUGCUCGUCCCAAAGAACAUCUCGGCCUUCCCGUCCAAUGGCGAGCGCUUCACCGAGGGUCACAUCGACGUGUGGUGGAUCGUCCAUGACGGAGGCAUGCUGAUGCUGCUGCCCUUCCUGCUCCGCCAGCACAAGGUUUGGAGGAAGUGCAAGAUGCGCAUCUUCACUGUGGCCCAGAUGGACGACAACAGCAUCCAGAUGAAAAAGGACCUGACCACAUUCCUCUACCAUCUCCGUAUUGAUGCUAUGGUGGAAGUUGUAGAAAUGCACGACAGCGACAUCUCAGCCUACACUUACGAGAAGACCCUGGUGAUGGAACAACGGUCACAGAUGCUUAAACAGAUCAACCUGACCAAGAAUGAGCGUGAGAGAGAGAUCCAGAGCAUCACUGAUUCAUCCCGUGGGUCUAUCCGCCGCAAGAACCCGGCCGCCGUGACCACCCAGCUGAGUGUGACCGAGGAUCCGCCAGCAGCCAGCAAGGAGGAGAAGCCCGAGGAAGAGGUCCAGCUCAUCCACGACAACACCACCCCGGCCAGCCCCGCCACCCCGGCUACCCCGCUGACCCCCACAGAGGGGGCUCAGAGCCCCGGGGACCAGAUCCAGAUGACCUGGACUGAGAAGUGUGACGGGGAGCCCGCUAAGCCGCCCGGCGCAGCCACACCGGAGGGCAUCAAAGACAUCUUCAACAUGAAGCCGAACCAGUCCAAUGUGCGACGUAUGCACACAGCGCUCCGGCUGAAUGAGGUCAUCAUCAAAAAGUCCUCAGAGGCCAAGCUAGUCCUCCUCAACAUGCCCGGGCCACCCAAGAACCGGACAGGUGACGAGAACUACAUGGAGUUCCUCGAGGUCCUCACUGAGGGCCUAAACCGGGUCCUCCUGGUCCGCGGAGGCGGCCGCGAGGUCAUCACUAUCUACUCCUGAGAGAGCAGCCCCCCUCCUCCACCUCCACCCCCUCCACCUUUCCCUCAGCCCCGUCGUCACCUGUGCUCCCUCCCUCUCAUCGAGCCUGCUUCAUCCUCAUGUCGCCCCUUACCGUUUAUUUCUGUAAGAUAGCCUAACCCUCUCACGCCCAACCGAUAGCUCCGCUCAGCUUCAGCACCUCCCCCUCCGCUCCAUCCCCGGCGGACCAACGAGCUGUAUCUCAUGCUCUGCUACUAAACCUUUCAUUUUAGUCUCAUAAGCUACUAUAUCUAUUGUAGGCUCUAGACGAAUUUAGAUGCUGUUUAGAUUUGUUCUUAAAGAGACUUUUAUUUCUUUGCUAGUCUGUAAUCUACUGUAGUAACUCGCAUUGAGUUGGAGUCAGUAAGAAGGAGGUGGUGGUGGUGGGUGUGGGUUGUUAGCUGAGGUGUGAGCGCACAUGCAUGCAUGUGUCUGUCUUUGUUUUAAUCUCUGCAGUUUUUCUCCUUUUUUUUUUCUUUUUUCUUUCUCCUCUUCUUACAAGUGUGGCAUAGAAGCGGCUUCUGCUCGGAAAGAACGAGAGCCAGCUGAAAUGAGCUCAGUGUAGGUUUGUCCGUUUAGUUUCUGUCGUGGUGAUCGGACACCUCCCACAGCGUUCCAGCCCUGUCGUCUCUGAUGUGAUUUAUCGUUUGCGGCGAAAGACACUGCUACCCACGGUCAGCACCACCAGCUGGGAGAAGAGGGGAGAAUACAGUGAAGUAAGAACUGUGAAAUUCACACUGAUGUUCGAAGGAGACUGACAUGGCACGUGGAUCCAACCUGCAGUAUUAUCUUUAACCUGAUCACUCGUUAGCAUGAAAUCCUUAUAACUGUGUGUGUUUUUACUCCACUUGUUCUGUUACUGUCAUCACUGUCUUUCUACCCAUCCUCCUUUUCAACUAAUCUCUUAGUGGCUGUUCAUCCCCGUGGCCACUGUUGGUGCCAAAAAAACAAAACAAAACAAAACAAAAAAAAAUACAACAAGGCUAGCUUAGUUUGUAGAGAUUGACACGUAAUUAAACUGUGAAUAGUGCGUUUCCUAGCAGAAGGCUGGUGGGACAGUGGAGUGGGGAGUAAGUGCAACCCCCCCCCCCCCAAAAAGGAGAUUAUCAUUGCCAGCACCCCUUGACCCUCAAAUGGAUCACUGUAAAUAAUGUACAAGCUCUGGCGCUUUGUUCAGUAUGAGUGUAGUAUUUUUGUGACAUACUAUAAAGCUUCUAGCGGAGAGAAAAACGUUCCUUCGCCCAGAGGGACAGCUCAAAACACGUUGUUUUUAAAAAUUUACUUAUUUAUUUAUUUAUUGGAUUUAUUUAUUGGAUGGCAUAGGCUCCUGUCACUACGGUAACCGUCAUUGUAACCUCGACAAGCACUGCACCCGCACUGUCCGCCACUGUGCAACAAGUGAAAUUUUGAUGAACUCAUCAAGAUCAUUAAAAUAAAUUUUAAAAAAUUACUAAAUGUUAUUUUUUCAUCUAGAGAACAAAUGUGUAUUUAUGUUUAUAGAUAGAAGUUACACAUAUUGAUGAAAUAGUUGUAUAUCAGUUUGAUUGUCCCUCAAAGAUAUAUUGUUGUUUUGCCAAAUUUAGAUACAUUAAAUGUGCCAUAUCAAAGUAUUUUUCAAAGAGACAUAGUGAACAAAAUUCUAGUGAUUAAAUCAGAGAGAACAAAGUGUGCUAAACACUAACACGGAGGUGUCCACACGAAACUAGUACGGUGAUGACACUGUAACUGGAAAGUCGCCCUAUGGAUGAUAAAAGAACAGAUGUUCAGACCUCCACAAAACUACCAACACCCAGCUGUUGAAGGAGGCACAUCAGCUCUUACAGAGGUGAGAGCCUGAACAUCUGUCGACGGAUCGUUUAUAGGGUCUAUGCUGAAUGAAUAGAGGACAAUGGCUUCUGUAGCCAGGAACUUCACGUUGUCCACGAGACUGAACUCUAUGCAGUAGACUCUCCAGUGAGAUUUUAUAUCCUCUAGAUUGGCCAAGAUUUGAGCCACACAUGUCCCUGACUGAAUGACUUGUGAGCAAAUCAUACUUAGGCUUAAAAAGUGCAUCUUGGAAGGAACGUGCAAUAGGUGAAAUCCGGACUCAUGUGAUCAUGUUAUUUAUUUUUUUACACAUAUAUUUUGUAUAUGUAGAUUUCGUAAGUCUUAUAAAACCAAGAAUCAUCUCACUCUGACCAAGGACAGCUGUCACUUUACUUUGAUUAUUUCUGUUUCUUUUCUUAAAGAAACUGUUUUUGGUCAUUUGCACUUGUAGUAAGUACGAAUAUAAACAAAUACGUAUAUAUACAGUCUAUACAAUAUAGGAAAGCAAAACAAAUUAGUUUCUAGAGGUAUUGAAAAACAGUAUUAAAUGUUUUUAGUGUUGCUUGAAUGUCGGACCAUAUGUUGUGAAUGCUGCUAGUAUCAAUAGAUUUAUUUGUACUGUAAAUAGAGAUGACUAAAGUGAAAAGGGUAUAGACAUACAUAUCAGUGGUGGUGAUUAUCUAACAAGACGAGGCUGUACCUGUAAAAAUUUGGCCUGUGAUCUCUGGACAGGGUUAGCUUUCUGUUUUAUUAGAAAACUAUACUGAACACCUUGAUGCAAUAUUACAACUGAGGGCAAAUCCUUCACCCUUUUAUUCUCUUUUUAAAAAGAAACGCUCUCGUGAUUAGUAUCAUCUUUAGUCCCAUGAGAAAAGAGAAGCCAAUUUUACAAUAACAGAUAGUUAAUUUACAUAGUUUGCUUGAAGAAAAUGCCAAAAUGGGUUUAAAUAUGAAUAUUUCUGGUUUAUCUGCUAAAUCUUACUGUUUGAACAUUUUUAACACACCUACCUUUGACACCUGUGAUACUUACCGAAGCGGCCCCGCCUAGUUUUCAAAGAUUCUGGGGUGCCAAGUCGUGAGGACUUUCUUUAUCAAGCUUGCCACACUUAACUCUGAGAGAGAAAGGGGUUGUUUAACGCUCAUGCAAGUUUUUGAAGAACAUGGCUGUUUUGGGACUGUCUCCACAACAUUGCCUGCAUCAACUGAGCCUUUUAAAUUUAUUCAAAAGAAAAGAUAUCAGAUGUUUAUUGGAGAAGUUUAUUGGAAAUGAAUUUUAUUUAUUGAACUAUAAAUGUUUUAUAAUUGCUGUUUGCAUGGUACUAUGUGGCAAUAUUUGUUUUAGUGGUUUCUAUAGUGACGACUUACGUGUUCAAGGUGCCGAGCGGGGAGGAAGGAUGUCAAAUGUUCUCACUGAGUUACGCAUCUUGAGAACUCGGGAGCAUUGGCCAGACAGUCGGCGACAUGGCCAGACCUUGAAAACAAGUCUUUUUGAAAAAAGAAAAAGGAGAAAAAAAAGUAUGAGUUCACUAUAUUGUUACUUGUUAUAUUUCAAUCUCGCUCAAGUAGUCUUAUGUAACGUAAUAGGAGAUUUUGAGUUUGCGAUUGAAUGGGCCUUAAGAAUGGUCAUCUCACCCUUGUAAAUAUAUAUCACCUAAGUCAGAGACACUGUAACCUACUAGUGUUGUCUUUUGUUGUACACUGUUCUAUCACUGUGGACAAAAGUCUUAGAGUUUUGUAAGAUUAUGUGCAAUAUUGUUCUCACACUGGUAACUUUUCAUUUUGUCAGUUAUGUUUUUGGUUUUUUUUUUGUAUUUUCUAUAAACUACUGGAGGUGUCAGCACUCACUUAUUUCAUCAGAAUGUUUGUCACCAGGUCUUAUGGACCAUAAAGAUCUGAAGUGUUCAUCCCAACUGUGGCCGAGACAGCGAAGCACUUUACACUAAGGGGGGCACUCUAUGACAGGAUCAGUCUGCAGGCGCGGGGGGGUUGAACGAGGGCCAGCCUGCUCUGUACAGACUCUAUCCCACAGUGGUCUCUGGUGGCGCACGAGUGUAUUGCAGCCAGCUGUGGAGGUCUGACAGCUCAGACUAUAAAAUAAGAUCACAUCCCAUCACCCGCUGCAGCUUUGAGGUGCAGUAACCCAGAGACCUACCUGCUGAUUUUGUUUACAUCCCACCAUCGGAGCAUUUUCUUUACAUUUUAGCAUGGUUCACAGUCAUUCUUUUCUCUUGCCAAACUUCUUUAAAAGAAUAAUCGUAACUGUUAAAUUGAUAGUGCUUGUCACUCAAUCUGUGAGGUGAGCCUUCCCAGAAUCCCCACCCCGUCUGCCCCAGAUUGCCCUGGCCUCCCCCAUCCCAGCCACUAAAUCCACCCCAGCUCUGUAUUUUAAAUGUGAUUGCAGUGUAAUUCUGAAAAAAAUGAUCAAAGAAUAUAAAACUCGCGCUUCCAAUUCUGGCAGUGGCUCCGCUUGGACAUCACGAGAUAGUCCACUCAGAAACCAGCAUGUCCCUCUCCCCCUUGCUGAUCCAUGAUUUAGAUCAGAUCCUUCGCCUGCACAACUGUAGCAUGAGACAAAACUUGCCGGUGAUCAAUACUCAGUCUCCAUCCUUAAAUGGAUAUUAAGGGCUCUGAAACACAUCUGUUACCGGGUUGAGGAGGCUGUCCUUUAAGACACCAACAGAGGAAAAUAGAAAACAAAUCCCAGAUUAUUGCAGAGAGGACACACAGUCUGCGGCUGAGAUAAGAUUGUACCCUUCAGCAUCCUCACGGACGCAUCAGCCAGAGGUGCCUGAUGCUGGAGGUAAAACAACAGCUGCACGUACACUUCACACUGUCGAUCUCUCUGGGAGUCAGAUGAGAAAAGCUCAAGUGGCUAUCCGCGCCGUGCAAGCAGAGCCCUGUUCCAGUAAUGUUGUGUAACUGAAGUGCAUGCAUGCAAUUACCCUGAACGAGGUGUAUUGAAAAUACUUUGGGUGUUCGUGGUAUAAAAGUAUUUUGUUUAUAUCAGUUGCAAACUUUUCUUUGUAGUAGUUUUUUUUCUUUUUCUCUUUCCUUAGGUCUUGCCAAUCAUUGCAUCCAAGAUUAUCCAAGAUUAUUGUUAUUAUAGUACAAGAUUCUAUUUUCUAUGGUGGAUUUGUUGGCAAGGCCCUCUCAUUGUGUCAAAUGUUAUCUGCAGAUAAACUGAGUACCAAAGUAUAUUUCAGUUAACCACAUAAAUGACAUGUAUGUGUGCGCUCCAGUGAAUAGGACCAGUAAAUACCUUCUUACAAAAAUCUGUGGCAAGAAUCAGUUAAUAAAAAUAUUUAUUCGAAAAGGAUAAAACUAACUUGAACCAAAGUCUUAGAAGAGAUGCCUGCAAAUCUACAAUUUGCUGGUGCUUGCAUGAAAAGGCAGUGCAAAACUGGCAAAAACAAUUUGCCUCUAUUCAAUCACCAACUAUGAUUAAAUAUACAUAUAUAUAUUAUAACUGCAUAUUAAAUAUAAACAUUUCCAAUCACCAAAAUUGAAUGGGGUUUUUUGUUUUUUAAUCUAAUCAUCCAGACAGCCUUUAAAGGAAAAGCUUGACAUUUUGAGAAAUCCGCUGCUAUUGGCUUUCUUGCCAAGAGUUAGCACAAAGCCUGGAAACGAGGGGAAACGCCUAGCACUGUUAAAGGGGUAGUAUAAUCCACCUAUCAGCAUCUCUACAGCUCACUGACCAGCACGGUUCGUCUGCUUUGUUCGACUUGUACAAAAAACCGAAAUGUACAAACGGCACAGCUGCUCUGUGGACUAUAUCUUGGCUGGUAGCCGUUGCCAGGCAACAAGUGGAUGCUCCAGGUACAUGACCACUCCCAGAACAGCGAUUAAAACGUUUAUACACUGAGGUUUUUGGACGGCUUAAAUAAAAAUACACGAACUUUAGCAGUAGAGAGCUUCAUAUUUAACUGACUGAUAUGAGAAGAUCCAUACCAGCCCUAACUCUUGGAAAUAUGCACAUUUCCCAAAAUGUCUUUUCCUUUAAAACCUUAUGGCCUUUGAAAAUCCGGUAUUUUUAUUUAAUAACCGGUUCCUCCCCUCGGAGGAACCUUGUCACGGUCCAGGUUGGUUUUUAAUUCACUGGAGUGAUGGGAAACUUUUGUAUGGAUGCUUUAAAAAUGUCAUGGAUGUAGACAUAAAUGAUAUACACAGAAAGACAUGCGUAUCAGAACGUCUCUAAAAUGAAAAUGACCCCCCCCCAUUACUCUCUUGAUACUGUACCUAGUCUUAUGGUUAAGCCGUAGUGUUUUUUUUUUUCCCCCGUUCUGUGGGAAUGGGUGUGUGUGUGUGUGUACAUGUGCACUUGUAACUGCUGGGGGCGAGGGUGGUUGUGGGCAAGGGUGGGAGGGGGCUACAUGUAAAUAAAUCAAGUACAGUUAGUGUGGAGGUGUUUAUUUUUUGUGUCAGUGUAAGUUAAAUAUUCUAAAAUAAAACGUAUUAUUCUCUAUUGUGUUUCAUGGUACAUUCAAAAGAGGAAGAAGUAGUUUUAUCUUACAUUUCAAAUGCUUAUAUCUCUAUGGCUUCUGGCGAUACCCGUUCCAUUUUAUAGAUUUGUCAGCACAAAAUGCAAUAAACCAAUACCAUUUUAUUACAGCAAUUGUGU